AUGAACGACCUCUACGCAACAUCGGUGCGUCCCGCCGUGGGCGGUAACGGCCUCGCCGCUCCUCCUGGUGCGCGCGCUCCGGGGACGCUUCAACCCUCCAACCGCCAAGGCCAGCUUGGUGGUCCGGGCCCCCAGCAACACCCAGAUGGUGACUAUCGCUUGGCCCCCUCAUACCAGGCACCUUCCGGGAGCUGGCAGACGGGCGGCGGGUUUCCACCCCAACCCAUGAUGAUGCCUGGCGGUGGAGGAAACGUGUACAACCAGCAGCAGGCAGCAGCAGCUGCCGUCGCCGCUGCUCAGCAGUCUCUGCAAGGAUACCCUGGUCCAGCUGGACGUGGCCAGGCGCCCCAGCAAGACAACUCGACCAACCCGCGAAGCUACUACCCCCCGCCGCCCGGUGGAAACCAGUAUGGUGUGCCCCUCGCGUACAUGGGCGGCGCACUCAACGUGUGGGGCGAAGAAGGCGGUCGCCACGAUGACGAGCGACCGGACGGUAUCCCGCGCGACGACGCCGGCAGCUCGGACCUCAAGAACAGCAACACCAUGACCGCCGUCAAAACGGAGGCCGAGGACGGCGGCGUCGACAACGACGACGACAAGGUCGACCACCGCAAACGCAAACGUAACCGCACCAUUCGCAGCUGUGUCCCGUGUCACAACCACAAACGAAAGUGCGAUCGCAAGCGCCCCUGCGGCCGCUGUACUGCACUGGGCUUGACGGGCUCAUGCGUCUACGAAGUCGACGAAGCGCGUGACCCCAACGACCCGGACGUCAUUGAGACCGAUAGACUUCGCCGGCGCAUCGCCGAGCUCGAGCAGGUGGUCCGCGAGCUUCGCCAGCGUCAUCCCCCUCGUGGACAGGCAGCUGCUACAGCCGCCACGGCAGCCACUACCUUGCAGAACACACCCUCCGCCUCAUCUGACGCGGAGAAGCGUCGAGUCCUCGUGGACCGUUACGCACGCUUCAAGAUUGGCGAGGCCGCGGCGCUCGUGGGCGAAGGCGGUGUUCGAGCGCCCAGCCUGCAGAGCGACUCGUCGCCGGUGGCCUCUGACCCGUCUCGCGACCAUUACAGCGAGCCGUACAACCCACACGCGCUGCCCACUGACGAAAUGGUCGCCGACUCGGCGGGCCGCAAGACAUUCUUGGGCACACCCGCCGGUAAACCCAUGCUGCGUCGUCUGCGCGAGAUUGUCCACGGAAGGUCCAAGGUGUCGAAUGACGAGAUCAUGACCAUCCCGGAAGAUUUGGCGUUCACAGGCUGGUUUGCGAGUGCGCGCAAGACGUUCCCAUUCACGACCAUCUGGAGCCACGACAACUUUAUCGACGAGAUUGUCGGCUUGCUCCCCAACAAGGAGGACUCGGAGCAGCUCCUCGUCUCCUUUUACGAGGAGAUUGGUCUGCUCUUCGAGGCGUGGCACGUGCCCACGCUCAUGGCCGAAUUCCGCCAUUUCUUCUCGCUCUCGGCAGCUGAGAAGCGCACCCAACCGCUGUCCAACUUGGCCCUCUACAUUAUGAUCUGCUCUCUCGGCUGCAUGGUGCGAGCUGCCAACACUGAGAUCAUGAGCGACGCGCAGAAGAAUGCAGAGUCAAAGGACCUCACGUCCUCGCGUCUCCAGUCUGAGCUCUACCUCUCGGCAGCGUACCAGGCCUUGCGUCUCUGCUCAUUCCUCUCGUCCCCGACUGUUGCCACCGUCCAGGCCCAGGUGUGCAUCAACGUGUACCUCUUGCACAGCGAGCGCGCUGCCGACGGCUGGGCACUUACUGGCUCACUCGUCAGGCAAUGUAUUGCCAUGGGUCUGCACGUCGAGCCGACCCACCUCGACCCAAAAAUUUCCAUGCGCGACGCCGAGAUCCGUCGCCGUCUCUGGUGGUCUGUCGCCGGCCUCGACGCACUGCUGUGUGUCUCGUUUGGUCGCCCUACGUGCAUCAACUACUACACCUGCCACAUCCCGCAGGACCGUGCCGACGACACCCUCUCGGACGAACCUGGUAGCGCCAUGGCCGAACCGCCUUCCAACGCACUUGGCCCAGCGGCGACCGAGCAGACGUAUCACGCCGCCUACUUCCAACUCACCCUUCCGUCGCUCGAGCUGCUCAACCGCACGUUCCACGUCAGCCCUAUUGUCGCGCGCAACACGUUCAUGGGAUGGUUCACGCCGGCCAAUGUGGAAGAGACCAUCCAGCCGCCGACCGUUGUCGGUAACACAUACGAGGAUGCGAUCCGUCUCGGACGCGACGUGUUCGAUUGGUACAACCAUGUCCCGUACGGCAUGAGGUUUGACGACGACAUGCCCGUUGAGGAGCUGCAGAAGCGCAGCCGCCGCGAGAUCAACCAGACGCUCGCGCUGUGCGUCAAGACCCUGAUACUCGUGCUCAUUCUCCACCGCCCGUACCUCCGUGGAGACCCGUCGGCGUACCCCGAGUCGUCCAGGCUGUGCGGCGACGCCGCUCACAGGAUUCUCCGCGCCUACAGCGCAAUGGUCAAGACCAAGUCCUCGAUCGCCUGGUCGUGGUGGACCAUGUCGUACCGCGCCUUCCACGCUGCGACCGUCUGUGCCUUCCUCGCCAUUCGCGAGCCCAGCACGCCUCUUGCAGAGCGCUGCCUCGUUGACCUUCGCGGAGCGAUUACCAUCUUUGAGGACCGUACAGCCGACUGGAUGGUGUCGCACCCUGUCCAGUCCGACCUGUGCGGUGGCCUCGUUCGUCUCGAAAAGCUCGCCCACGCAGCCGUCCAGCAGUACUCGCCGUUGCGCCCACACGACCACAUGCACCAACGUUCCCCAAUGCCCGUCUUCCCCGGUCUGGCUUCCGACCCGUCCAUUCCAAUCUUCCCCACUGGCCUGACGCCUGUCGGUGACCACACUGGGGGCCUCGGCGAUUUCAUGUAUUCGCGCAACAACUCGCCGUCGCACGGCAUGGACGACGCCCGCCGUCCUUCGGGCCCGUUCUUGCAACCGUGGAUGGUCCCCCAGAGCGAGGCCAACGGCCACACGCUCUUUGCCGGAUCCACCGACCCCCACCACCAGCUCCCGCAACUGGGUAUUGGUGCGAACGGCAAGGAGGAAGGCGGUGGCGCUCAGCCUGACCUCGUUUCGAUCUGGGCGUCAAUGUUCAACAUCAAGAUGGACGCCGACGGAGGAGCCGACCUCGCAAACAGCACUGGCCCUGGCCCUGAGCACCAGGUGCACCCGCCCUCGUAA